GUCUGUAGUUAAAAAAAAGGUGAAGCGCAGCACUGGAGUGGGAAGUGUGAGGUCUUCCUUUGUAUGGUAUCGGAAAAACUUGCUUUUUGAUUCACCAGAAAAUGCUACUUCUAUCGUAUCAGCGGACCUUGGUUUAAACAUUUCAAUUAACAAUCUGCCGGAACCUGUUGUCAUCGAACAUGAUGGUGUGUUUGCCAAACAUGGACUUUCUCCAGCAAAUAACCAAUCUCUGACAGUGAAUAAAACACAAUUAUCUUGUGUGUAUUGGGACUUUGAUACAGAAGGUUGGGAAACUGCUGGUUGUUGGUUGAAUUACACAUCAGAUAAACCAGUUUGCUUGUGCAGCCAUCUCACAAAUUUUGCUUUGUUAGUGACCACUAUACAAGUACCUUCUGGGACAGCAUUAUCCGUUGUGAGUGACAUUGGAUGCGUGAUAUCUAUAGUUGGCUUAUUUUUAACCAUUAUAGCGCACUUGUUACAUCGUGAUACCCGCAACAGGCGUCCAGCUAAGAUUCUACUGAACAUCUGCAGUAACUUGCUUAUUGCUUACUUCAUAUUUGUGGUGGGCGUGUCGCAAACAUCAAAUCGAACCGGGUGCAAAGUAGUUGCUGUGUUGCUGCAUUACUUCUUUCUAACCACGUGGUGCUGGAUGUCUGUAUACAGCUAUGACAUGUACAUGUCACUUGUUAAGGUGUUUCAUAAAAGUCAGCAUCAGUUUUUACAACGGACAUCACUUUUUGCAUACGUGGUACCGUUUGUUAUUGUUGUAAUAUCUGCCAGUGUUACUAUGGGUUACUUAGACCUUCAAAAUGAGGUUACUCCAUAUGGAAUAUUGGAGGACUCUUUUAAGUCCUCAUCCUACAUCUCGGAUCACAUGUGCUGGCUGCGAGGGAACUCUCUUUACUUCAGUUUCCUCCUCCCAGUUGGAAUGAUGUUGAUUUUCAACAUCUUUGUCUUUGUAUCUGUUUCCAGGGAGCUGGCACUCAAAAAUAAAUCGGCGACCUCGCCUAACCUGAAACGUUCAACAAAACAAUCACUCACAAUCGCUAUUACUAUGACCUCACUAAUGGGUCUAACAUGGGUGUUGGGGUAUUUUAUUUUGAUAUCAACCGAUGUUGUUUAUGUCACUGUUUUCAGUUGGUUGUUUGCCCUAUUCAACACUUUACAGGGCUUCUUCAUCUUUUACCUAACAUCGGUGCGGCGAUCGGACAUGCGCUCAGUGUGGCUACGACCUUUCCGUAGCUACCGUAGCUCAGACCUUUCGGCAGACAAUGCGAAAACGCGAAGCAAGAGCACAUACUCACUUAAAGAGACCGCGGCAGCGGAUUCGACCGAAAAGACUCGAAAAACAACAUUCACUCAAAUUUAAUUCUUUUCACCUGCUAAUGCAUUGUCUUCAGUUUUAUUUAGAUGUCGUUUUCUAAGUUCGAAUUGCGUAUGAACGUUGCGUGUCAUUCAGUUUUGUAGUCACUUUGAACCAGCAUUUCUUAAACUGGGGUAAGCUUACCUCUUGGGGCAAAUUCCUUGUAUUUAAAGGGUAAAUGAGUUACUGAUCAAAUCCACAUCAGUUGACGGGAAAAAUUGUGCCAAUUGUAGAGUUUAACAAGACCUUGAACAACUCGUUGCCAAAAAGUAAGCGAUUCAUCGCAUUGAAUAUAACUGAUAUAUAGUAAGGCGGGGGAAGAUGGGACAACUUUUCAUUCCAUUUUCUCGUCCUGUUUGGUACUAAACAAAAAGCAUUCAAAGAAUUAUAAAACCGUAUCCUCACGACUUCCAUAUAACGUUGUUAAUUGUUUAAAACACGAUCAGGAUACUUGUAUAUUGUGUACCAAAGGUGUCCCAUCUUCCUCCACCCUACUAUAAUUAGGUAUUUAUGCUUUUUAAUAAAUGAGCGCAUUUUUACAUAUUUGGGGUAAAUGUGAUAAGCAUCUUCGUUAAAAAGGUCAAUCAUACAAAACGUUUAAGAACCAAUGCUUUAAACUUAGAAUGGCGUCAAAAACGUCCCGCAGUAAAAAUAGUUGUACAUUUAAAAAUUUCAUUUAUGUGUUAUUCCAGUUGGUUAUAUUUUUUUCUACCUCUUUUUAUCUGUUUUACCUGUACAAAUUAUUGAUGUCAUCCUAAGACAUUAAUUUUGUUCGCUUGUAUAUGUUACCUAAUUUCCAAACGUUGUGUUCAUCCACUUAAACAUAAAUAUAGUAGGGUGGGGGAAGUUGGGACACCUUUUUAUUUUCUCCCAUUUGGUAGAAAACAAAGGACAUAUAAAGAAUUAUAAAACCAGAACCUCACAACUUCCAUAAACCGUUGUUAAUUGUUUAAAACACGAUCAGGAUAUCUGGAUAUUAUUGCUAAGGGUGUCCCAUCUUACCCCACACUACUAUAUUAUUCAAAUCGAUACAGUUCUUGUAGCAUAAUCUGCAGAUGCGUGUUUUCAAUAAAUGUAUUUUAUUUUCAA